GGCCCCCGCCUCCCAGAUGGUACAGGUGGUCCCCUCGGGAGCCGCGCCGGGGGGCAUGGCCGCGCAGGGCCUACCCUCCAUCCAGAUCGUCCAGACUCUGCCCGCGGUCCAGCUGGUGCACACGUUUUAAGUAGAACCACUGGCCCUCUUCCCGCCUCUCACACCGACCCCGUCACGCUGCCUGGGCUGGGCCGGGGCAGGAGAGCUGUGGCCGGGCUUGCUAAUAAAGACCAGAGUCUCCUCGCCUGCGCUUUGUUUUAUUUGGGGCGGGGGGCAGGGGGGGAGCCAUAGCCACCGCCUGGGAGCCUGGAGGCGCAUCUCCUGCAUGCCGCUCGCAGGUGACUUGCGAGCUCUGUUUACCCUUAAAAGGCUGCAGUGUCCCCAGAAUGGGGGAGGGUGGGCUCUAGAAUCCGGGUCCACCUGUCCGUCACCCACACCUCCCCUCUCUGAGCAGUGGGUGGAGGAUGCUUGUCCUGAAGGGCACUGAGCACGGUGGGCGGGGUCGGAGGGCCCUAGGGUGGGCGAGUCUGGGAGCCGGUGAGCUCGGGAGGGUGACGCAGCCCGUCGGGCUAGAGCCCAGGGACCAAUGAGCAUCGAUCCACUCCCAUCCGCGCCCCUACACCACGCGCAGGUUGCUUAGCAACCCGGGAGAGAGGUGCGAACCCCCUCCACAGCCGGUGCGCGCCUGCUCCCCGGGGCGCGGGGCUGCCAUGGCCCCCGGCCACCUGUCGGUGCGGGAGAUGAGGGAGGAUGAGAAGGCGCUGGUGCUGGAGAUGCUGAAGGCUGGUGUGAAGGACACGGAGAACCGAGUGGCCCUGCACGCCCUGACACGGCCGCCCACCCUGCUGCUCCUGGCGGCGGCCAGCAGCGGCCUGCGCUUCGUCCUGGCCUCCUUUGCUCUGGCCCUCCUCCUGCCUGUGCUCCUGGCCGUGGGGGGCGUGGGGGAGCCCCGAGCCCGCCUCGUGGUCCCCGUGGCUGUGGCGGCCUGGGGCGUGGCAGGGAUGCUGGAGGGCUGUGGCUACCAGGCAGAGGGGGGCUGGGGCUGCAUGGGCUACACACUGGUGAGGGAGUUCAGCAAGGACCUGUGACUCCAACCUGAGCACCUACUGUGUGUGUGACCACCUACUGUGCGCGGGCACAUCCCCAUCCUCCCUGUGCGAAUCCCCAGCCCACCCAGGGCCCAGGGACUCAGGCGUGCCGAGGCUGAGACACACCAGCCACCGCAGGCUGAGGCCCAUGUGUGGUGUGUGAACUUCCCAGAGAGGGCGGCCUGCCCCGCCUCCGGCCUCCCACUGCGCUGAGAAACCUCCCGCCUGUCUCUCGCUGCAGGUCUGCACCUCCCGAGCUCCCGGCCUGGGAGCGACUCCCUCCCAGGAGGAGAGGGGGCUGGACAAGUUUGACGCCCAAGGGUUAGGACUCGGGACAAGGGCCCCCCCACAUAGGGCCGAAGCCCCUGUGAACGGGGUGGGGUUUGAUGCCUGUGCGUGAAGGGGGUGAGUCUGGAGCCAGGCACUGAGCGGAGCCUUGUAGGGGAGCUGUCUCCUGGAGAGGCCGCGAGGAGGAGGAGGAGACCGACACAGCGCAGCCCGGCGCCCGCCCCGGGGAAGGUGGGAGCCCAGGGCCGCCAGACCCAUCUGGUUUUUUACACCCGGUUGUUAAUAAAGCCUGAAACCGCUGCGGCCGG